AUGUCGCCAUCUCACGGCGCUCCGACGCUCCCCACGGGGACAGACUAUCCCAAAAUGAACUAUGAUGCAGGAGCGAAAUGGAUCAAGCACUUGACACAAGGUCGUUUGGGGACCUUUAACGGCGGUCACUACGAUAGUGUCAACCUGGGCUCUGUGUUGUUCACUCAACGUCUUGACGAUUCCCAGCAUGUGAGGUUGCAAGUCUGGAGUGCGCCAGGGCUCUCGAAGCCGACGUUCGAGGAGGCCAUGAGGCAGAAGUUUAUGCCUGCGAAGAAGGGAGACUCGUUUGGGCCCUCUUGGGUAUGUUACCUUGGGCGUGCACGACUCACAAAUCACUGGUGGAAGGUGUCCAUCACUAUCCCCGCGUCCUUCCAGAAAUAUGAACGCGUCCAAUUCGAAUUCGACCCUGGGUGCGAAGCUAUGAUUUAUACAACAGAUGGUAUUCCUUUACAAGGAAUCACCGGAGGGUAUGGCGGCGAUCGUCGUGUUGAGCAUAUUAUCCCAGAAAGCGCUCGGAAGGCGGGGAAGUAUGAUUUCGUCAUCGAGUCUUCCUGCAAUGGCAUGUUUGGUGUUCCAUGGAACGGUGACACUAUUGAACCGCCAGACAUGAACAGAUACUUCGGCCUCGCUUCUGCAGAUCUUGUCGUUCCUAAUCAAGAGGCUUGGCGCCUGUUGUGGGACUUCCAAACUCUCCGCGAAAUUGCAGACUCGCUGCCUGGAAAUACUUCCCUACAGAACAAGGCGCUCGUUGCCGCAAAUGAAAUCAUGAACGUCUUCAACAAGGAAGAUCCUGCAAGUAUCACCCGUGCUCGCAAGAUUGCGGAGGAGGUAUUUGGUAAGGCGUGGGAUAAGGAGGGGGAGAAGGUCUAUGAGAAAGGUGCUUCAGAGGCAGUCAUUUGGGGAAUUGGCCAUUGUCACAUUGACACCGCGUGGCUCUGGCCAUAUCGUGUAACUCAGCAGAAAGUUGCUCGGUCUUGGUCUACCCAAGUCGAUCUCAUGGAUCGUUACCCUGAACACAGAUUUACAUGCAGCCAGGCACAGCAGUACAAGUGGCUUGAACAGCUGUAUCCUCCUCUCUUCGAGCGUGUCAAGGAGAAGGUCCUCGCUGGCAAAUUCCAUCUUGUUGGUGGUUCGUGGGUUGAGAACGACUCGAAUAUGCCAUCCGGAGAGGCUCUGGCCCGUCAGUUCAUCCUCGGACAACGGUACUUUGAGUCACGGUUCGGUAUUCGCUGUGAAACAGCGUGGUUACCUGACUCGUUUGGUCUCACGGGAGCCUUGCCGCAGCUAAUUCGGCUCGCCGACAUGAAAUACUUCUUCACGCAGAAGCUAUCAUGGAACAACAUAAAUACAUUCCCGCAUUCCACUUUCAACUGGGUUGGAAUUGAUGGCACUCAAGUCCUGUGCCAUAUGACCCCUGUUGAUACAUACACUGCGCAGGCGACAGUUGGCGAUGUCAACAAGGGUUUAACAAACCACAAGAACCUCGAGUCAUCUGAUAUUUCCCUCCUCGUUUUCGGGAAUGGUGAUGGCGGGGGAGGACCCCUUCCCAAGAUGUUGGAGAAUUUGAGGCGUAUUCGUGCAGCUUCCAAUAACUCUCGUGAAAUCCCUCCGGUAGAUAUGGGUCAUUCCGUUGAACAAUUCUUCGACACUAUUGCAAAGAACUCUGCCGCAGGAAAGAAGCUUCCCAACUGGAAUGGAGAACUUUACCUUGAGUUUCAUCGUGGAACCUACACGUCUCAUGGUUCCAUUAAGAAGGGCAACCGCAAAUCCGAGAUUCUCUUGAGGGAUGUUGAGUUGCUCGCUACUCUGGCGUCAUUGUACAAAUACCACAAGGACUACAUUUACCCCAACGAGAAGAUAAACGACUGUUGGGAGAAAGUGCUGCUCAAUCAAUUCCAUGAUGUGCUCCCAGGGUCAGCGAUAGGGAUGGUGUAUGAGGACGCAGAGAAGCUCUAUACCGAAGUCAGAAAGGAUGGUCGACAGCUGCUUGAAGACGCUUUCGGUGCACUGUUCCCCAAGUCAGUUCCGCUGUCCGAUUGCAUGACGCACGCCAAUAAGUCGGGUCGCUUGGUUGCCUUCAAUACUACCUUCUUCCCUCGACGAGACGUCGUCCAGAUACCCUUGACCGGCGGCGCCGCUUCUUUAAAGUCUCAGGUAGUCCAGGCAUCGAAGGAUGGCACUAUCGGGUAUGCUCUGAUGGAUUGUUCAUCUGGCGCGAACGUCUCAACUACUAUGGGGCUAUUUGCGGACUCAGUAUUCACGAACGGCUCGGAUAAUUUUGUACUCAAGAAUGCCAGCAUACAGUUAACAAUCUCCAAGGGCAGAAUCACUAGCCUCUUUGACGUUGAACUUGGGCGAGAACUAAUCCCCCAAGGCCAGACUGGUGGACUGGUGAUCUUUGAUGACCGCCCGAACUACUGGGAUGCAUGGGAUGUUGAGAUUCAUCAUCUCGAGACCCCACAUCCUGUGCAGUUCUCGAAUCUUUCGGUUGUUGCUGAAGGACCUCUACGUGCAUCCAUCAAGUCUGUGAUCAAGUACCGACAAAGCACCAUCACAGUCACGAUCUCCCUGGACGCGAUUACAGCUUCCAUGAAGAAGGACUCACGGUCUAUGUUUGCUUUUGACGCUGUCGUUGACUGGCACGAACGGCACGAGUUCCUCAAAUUUGAGGUUCCUCUCAACAUACACAGUGAUUACGCCACCUACGAGACACAAUUCGGCUAUGUCCAGAGACCCACUCACAAAAACACGACCUGGGACAUGGCCAAGUUCGAAGUUUGCGGUCAUAAGUACGCGGAUCUGAGCGAAUUCGGUUAUGGUGUCGCCAUUCUUUCCGAGUCAAAAUAUGGAUUUUCGUGCCGUGGUAAUGUCUUGCGCAUCUCGCUUCUCCGCUCGGCUACAGCUCCCGACGCCGAGCAGGAUCAAGGAUUGCAUGAGUUCUCUUGGGCUGUCAUGCCUCACAAGGGAUCCUUCUUAGAGUCUGACGUCCCUAUUGCCGCAUAUCUCUUCAACUCCGCUCCUCACGUGCGCUAUCUUUUGGAUGGAAGCGCAGAAUUCCCACUGCUCAAGGCAAAGCCGCCAUUUGUGCUGAAGGGCGAUAGGAACGUUUUCUUGGAGACUGUCAAGCGUGGUCUGGACGAUGAUUUUGGUUCCAAGGAGCUGACAUCCGGGACAACCGUCGUGCUCAGGUUAUAUGAGGCAUUCGGUGGGCAUGGCCGCGUCAAGCUUCACAUUGCGAAACACCUCCCUGUUGCCAAGGUCGUCACUACAAAUUUGCUGGAGGACGAGGGAAGUUUGAUGACACUUGUCACGGAGUCAGACAAGUCAUUGUCGCUGACACUUGACUUCCAUGGCUUCGAGGUGAAGACCGUCAAGAUUGCAUUCGGCAAGUCGUCAGUGUCCAGCCAGGAGAGUCCCGUACGAGAGAGCUGGGUCACAGUCGACGACGACGACCUGUGA